CUCUUGCUCAGCUCGCAGCAGCGGCUUCUCGGUCCCAGCUUUAAUUGUAAGCCAGCGGUUGUAGGGGAGAGGUGAGCGAGAGGGAAGCUUGGAUAGCGGAACCCAGAAGUGGAAUCGGGAAGCCGAAUUGGGAUGCAGGUGAGACCAGUAUGAUCCUUGAAGAGUCUAUGAAAUACUUUAUCACUGCUAACAUUGGACAAGCUUGCAGUGUAAGCCUAUCCAGGGACUUCAUGCUGCUUUAAAUAAAAAUCUUAAUUGCUGUGGGUUGUAAAGUGCAAGAUAUCCUUUCAGAGAAAAGGGCGGCUCUUCUUACAGGCAACCAAUAACCUAGUUGUCCUACAAGAACAUGAACUUGGAGUUGGGAGUUGGCAAGAUGUUAACCAAGCCUUUCAUAAUCACCUAGAUGCAGCAUGUCAGCUCUGACAGAACUAGCAUUCUCCAUUCUAGAAAAGAGGUAAUAUAAGAGUUUGAUUUUUUUCCCUUCAAACGUCUCAUUUGUAGAAACCGACUACAAAGCUGAAUUCAGAUUUUAUUCUAUUAAUCUUGUUGUUUUUUUAAAAGCUUGGAUCCAAAUUCAUUUCAUGCUAUUUUUAAAGACUAUUAUACAAAGUGCCUUACUGAAGGAUCUCUUUUCUCCACUCUGAAGAGCAGCUGAACUGUUCCUAGCAGUCACGGUGAAACAGAACCAGAAAUCAGCACACCACUUUGGAUUAUGUUCUGGAAAAUUGCAGACCAAAGAAAUCAAUAAUCUGGGUGUUUUAUAUUGUGUUUUAAGUGUGCUGGAUAUUCCUUGCUGGUGGUUAAAUUACAAGAAAGGUGAACCGGAGUGGAUUGGAUUUGAUUUGAAACUAUUAUAGUUUUUCUACUGGCUCUGUGUCUGGCAACUCCAGUUCUGAAUUGUGCUUGAUGGGGGUUUUUCUUAGGGGUGCCAAUCUUUCAAUUAAGGACAGAAUACUAGAGUUGGGGGACUUGGCUUCUAUGUGCCAAAAGCCAUAUCAGCUUAACCCCCAAACAGAAGUCUGUUGUCCUAACAGUUGCCUUCAGUGCUACAUAAAGAAGAACUACAUAAUUGUGCAACAUAACAUCUAAGAUGGAACUAAAAGAGGCUCAUCAUGCCAAUGGAGUGGUGCUACCCAUUGUGGCUGGACCUAUAGACUGUCUAUCCAGUCCUGACCGAGAACAUCUCGUUGAGUCUUCUGAUUUUUUAGAACCAGAAGGAGGAGGAGGCAUGGAAGUGGUGGUGAUAGAAUCCCGAGCCAAUGCAAAAGGGGUGCGUGAAGAGGAUGCCCUGUUGGAAAAUGGAAGUCAAGCUACUGAAAGUGAUGAUACUAGUACAGAUCGGGGUCCAGAACCAACCUCUCCUCUCAAAGAGACUUCUUUUUCUAUUGGUCUACAAGUCCUUUUUCCAUUCCUGCUGGCAGGGUUUGGAACAGUAGCUGCUGGGAUGGUGCUGGAUAUUGUACAGCACUGGGACGUCUUCAAGUACGUGACUGAAGUAUUUAUCCUGGUUCCAGCUCUCUUGGGGCUGAAAGGGAAUUUGGAGAUGACAUUAGCUUCUCGCCUUUCUACUGCUGCUAACAUAGGACAAAUGGACACACCAAAAGAGCUCUGGAAGAUGAUAAUAGGGAACAUGGCUCUGAUACAGGUUCAAGCAACAGUUGUUGGUUUUCUGGCUUCAAUUGCUGCAGUGAUAUUUGGCUGGAUCCCAGAUGGACACUUCAGUGUUGGCCAUGCCAUUCUCCUUUGUGCCAGUAGUGUGGCCACUGCCUUCAUUGCCUCCCUUGUUCUGGGCAUGAUCAUGAUUGGCGUAAUCAUUGGUUCCAGAAAGAUGGGUAUCAAUCCUGACAAUGUGGCUACACCUAUUGCUGCCAGUCUUGGUGACCUCAUUACUCUGGCUCUGCUUUCUGGGAUUAGCUGGGGCCUCUAUAUAGAACUGGAAGACAAGCCUUAUGUGAAUCCCUUGGUGUGUGCUUUUUUUGUUGCACUGCUACCCCUCUGGAUCAUCAUUGCUAAGCGGAAUCCAGCAACCCAGGAGGUACUAUAUUCUGGCUGGGAACCAGUCAUCAUUGCCAUGGCAAUUAGCAGCGUUGGAGGAUUGAUAUUGGAUAAAACUGUGUCAGAUCCAAAUUUUGCAGGAAUGGCAGUCUUUACUCCUGUUAUAAAUGGGGUUGGUGGCAAUCUGGUGGCUGUCCAGGCUAGCCGCAUCUCCACUUAUCUCCAUAUGAGUGGGUUGCCUGGAGAGAAUUCAGGGAUAGCCCCCCGCAAGUGUCCAAGUCCCUGUAGCACUUUCUUCAGUUCAGCAGAUGUGAAUUCCCGGUCUGCUCGGGUGCUUUUCCUUCUGGUUGUGCCAGGCCAUUUGGUUUUCCUUUACACCAUCAGCUCCAUGCAGGGAGGCCACACUACCCUCACUUUGAUAUUUAUAGUUUUCUACAUGACCGCAGCACUUCUCCAGGUUCUCAUUCUUCUUUACAUUGCUGACUGGAUGGUUCAUUGGAUGUGGGGUCGAGGCCUGGACCCGGACAAUUUUUCUAUACCUUAUUUGACAGCAUUGGGUGACUUGCUUGGAACAGGUCUCCUGGCACUCAGCUUCCACAUCCUCUGGCUAAUUGGUGAUCGGGAUACUGAUGUUGGAGACUAACAGCAUCCUUCCUCAGCUUCUUCAGUCCUCAGUUCAUCUCCUUCAGUCACAUUCCCCUGCCCCCAUGAAGCUUUGUUGCCACCCUUUGUCGUUCUUUGGGACUUUAACUUUGAUACUAGAUUCUCAUUAUUUUCAAUGGGAAAUUUUAUGUGGUUUAUAUUUCAAGCCAAGUGUGUACAGGAGAAUUAGUUUUUAAGAAGGACAAAAGAAGAAGAAAAUGUAUAAAGACAAUCACCAAGUGCAAUUUCAAAUGGUUAACUAUUUAUAUAUAAUAGACAUAAUAGAGAAAAAUUGAACAACAAAUUUUAAAGCAAUCCACCUUCCUCCAUCUGUACCCACUUAAGGCAUAGAUGGGUGUUUUUCCAGCUUGGCAUCUUCAAGAUGUGUGGACUUCAACUCCCAGAAUUCUCCAGCCAACACAUCUUAAAAUUAUCAAGCUUGAAAAACGCUACACUAGGUAUACAAGGCUAUCACUUGUGUAACAUAUGUAUGUGAAUAGUUAAGAUGCAGCUGGUAAUUGGUUUGUUUUUAAACUAGGCUGAUAUUUUUCAUCAGUUACCAUAAUUGGUAUCAGGUAGUAGCAAAUAGAUGAAGUGUUUUGGACACACACAUACCCCUCCUUGCUUAUCCUUGAUAGUAUAAUAAAUCUAAUUGACCAAAAGACAGGUCUUUAUGGAUCUGAAAACUUUCAAUAUAUGUGAUUGAGACGCUUGUUAAUGUUUUGAUGCCAAAUCAUGAUACUACAAUUGAAGGCAACUCUUAAGUGUUUAGCACUUCCUCAAAUCUACAGAAUUCAAAUAAAAUUAUUAAAGUAAUUUGUGGGAUGUUUCCCAGAGUUGACCUGAUGCAUUGUAAUGUCAAGAUGGAGUUGGUUCUUUUGAAAAGCCUUCACAUGAAAUACAAUUAGAAAUUAAAGCUCCUCACACAUACAUUUCAUAGUCUUAUCUUGAAGUUUAGAUAAGUAUACAAACAUUGUCUUGUCUGUAUAGUGUAGUUAUAAAAACUGGCAGGUAGCUCCUGCAUGGUAGCGAAAUCCAAUAUUUUCAACAUAAGUUCUGUUUUCUAGGUCAAACAUCAGAACAUCUGUAAUAUUGCAUUAAAUAUAUAAAUGCUAUUAUUAUGAAUCUGAAGAAAUGACAUUUAUUUUAUAUAUUUUUUCAUGAAAAAUGAGACAUUAAGAAGACAUUAAGUCUUAGAAUUGUAAAAACCACACUGCAAUCACAUAAUUUGGAUAUUUUGGAUAGCAAUUGAAUCUGGAAGCAACAUACCAGGUUCUGUAAGUAGGGAGUUUUGAUAUGAAAUACACUCUUCUUACUAUAGAGUUAUUUAGAAUUUAUUUUAUCACACUAUUUUGCUUGUAUAAAUGGAGCUUGAGCAUAGGUAGCUCAAAAUAUUUAAAUAGGGAAUGCCAAAUUAGUUGCAUAAAAUGAUGUGAAAGGGGGAUCUUUUUCAUUUUAUUCAAGAAUGCAAAUUAAGAUUCUGUGCUGUCCCAGAGAGAGUGGAGGCCUAUUGUGCUGUAUGUUAUUUGAUAUUGAACUCAACAAUAUAACCAAAAUUGCUGGGACACCUACCUCUUUUGUAUAUGACUCACUAAUCAUAUACAUUUCCUCAACGCAGAACUCUAUUAAAGCUUGUUUUAUUAAAAGUUCUCUUGUUUCGGCUUCUCUAUAAUCAAGGAUUGUUUUCCAAUACUUGUUUUAAUUACCAAUAAAGCUGAAGUAAGUAAGGAGGGAUGGACCAGUGUCGACCCUUGAAAUGUCCUAGGUUUGACUUACUACUUUCAAAAUGCAUAGGGCUACCAGAUACGGAUUGCAAAAAUCCAGAACCACCAGAUGGCAACAAACAUUUAAACUUCUUAACAUUUCUUUUCUGUCUUCUUGUGGUUGCCUGGGAGGUUGCAGUCCUAAACUUGCUCAAGUAAUGAAACUAAAUGCUUGUGGCUUUCAGAAAAGUGUUGAGUCUUUUUUGCUGGAGACGAGCUGUUAUCUGGAAUGUAACAGCAGCUUUCCUGCAAGUCUUCCUUCAAAACAAUGUGGUUGCUACUUACCAAAAUUAAAAUUUGGAGUGGAAGUGAAUAUAAUAUAUUGUGUUCAAUAUAUUCCACAGGAUCUUAUGUAGAUUGCAACUAUUUUUAGGAUAAUCCUGUGACCUACUUUAGUUUACAACCUGGGUGCUGCCAUAACCAUAUUUUAAUAUGUCAUCAAGGGAGGCUUCAAAUUCAUGCUUCAAUUGUUUGUGAGUUAAUCCUUCUGUGUGCAUGAUGCCUUCAGUAAUUUGGAAGUAAUGGAUAUGGCUGAAGAUGCUGUUCUUGCCUGUCAUCUGUGAAUACAAGAAUUGAUACUGUGAGGUUUCUUCAGAUUUCAGUAGGUGCAAAUGCUUAGUUUCUUCUUAAGAAAUGGACUUUUUCCAAGUAAGUUACUAAUUACUUUCAAAAAAGUGUACAGGUUUCAUCCUAUCUUAAGCAUUAAGUUGUAAGCUUUUUAAAGAACUUUCAUCUACCUUAUCUAAAUGUCUAGUUGGAUGCAUUCAUUUUCAUCUAACACUCUAGGCACUUUUCUUAUAUAUGUGUAUAAUACCACAUAAACAUUUUUCUCUCUGAUUAAUAUCUGUCACUAGAUCUCAUUAACAGAUGUAUGUCUCCUAGUUAAAUUUAGUCUCUUUCAUCCAAGAGCUGAAAUGUUUGUGCUGCUUGGAUGAGAUCCCUGAAUUGCCUUGACAGUGGUAAGGUGGGAAGCAAAGUGCAAGUGUAUGAACAGAAUGUUGUAAAAAAAUAAUUUUAUACUCAUGAGUUGCACUCAAAUGCAUGUAUAUUUAAACUUGGCUGCAAAUGAAAAUUAAGCUAUUGGUUUAUACCUUUACUCAACAAAGAAAACAAAUUCCUUAUUUAUAGUUGCUGUAAUUGAAUUGACAAAUGCCAAUUUAACUGAUAAAUUAUAUUUGGUAAAAUAAAUAUUUACAUUUA